GGGUGGGGUACCAGGCUCAUGAUUGGACUUCAAGCACCAUGCAAUAGAGCUUAGCCCAUGAGAAAAUCCAUCAAGCAAUGUUCCAUGAAAACUGCUCCUGUUCUAUUCCAUAUAUGGAGAAACUCAAGUCAUGACGAAAGUCACAGGGUCUGGUAUGAUGGCUCACGACUGAAUCCACACCUUGCAGAACUAGGAUCCCGUGAGGUUUUGCUUCAUGUCCUGGCUGCUCCACUUCCCAUCCAGCUCCCUGCUUAUGGCCUGGGAGAGUAGGAGAGGAUGGCCCAAGUCUUGGUACCCUUUGCCUGUAUGAAUGAUCUGGAAGAAGCUCCUGGCUCCUGGCUUCAGUCCUUGGUUCUACCUGUUUGCCAUCAACAUCACUAUGGCACUGACUCUGAAUCCUUCAUCUCACCAAAGAAUGUCAAAUAACACGGUAGAAACCAACGAGGAAUUGUACUCCCAAUUGGCCAAGAGCCAAGAGGAGGCAGACGACUUGAAAAAUAGACUUCUUCAAGCUGAGGCAAAAAUCUACAUCCUGGCCAAUCACCUUCAAGAACAUCGAUGUGAAGGGUAUAAGGAUCUGAUUGAAUCCGUGCUGAGGAAGAAGCCACAGUUGCUGGCAGAGGACAUGACAUCUGCUGAGAAUCAAAAGAAAUGUUAUGCUUCAGUUCAAGAGCUGCCGCAGUUGCAGGAAGGGAGCGCUCUUUGCCUACUCUUGCAUCAGCGUCUCCAGGACAUCUUCAGGCAGCAGGACUCUGAGAACUGCCAGGGCCAGGACUUGUUACAAAGACUCGCUGAGUUGCUCAAGCUGACGGAACACCUGGCUGGCAAGCUCAGCCCAGUCCAGCAAACUCAUGAAGAUGUGACAGCGCACCAAGAAUCCCCCAGCCCCAGGCAUAUUGAAGAACAACAGUGUGAUCUGGAAGAGGCAAACAUCCUGCAAGGGCCAAGAAUUGAUCCCUGCAUGUCAAGCAAAACAUGUGACAUGAAAGUGCCCCAAACACCUUUGCAUGUCGAAGACCCUUUCCUGCAUUCUGCCCAGUGCAGACCCAGCUAUGACCCAUCCAGGAUGGAAGCCCUCAAGCUGUCCCCUGGGCUCACUGCGGAAGACAGGGGAUGUUGGCCAAUAACUACACAGGAGGCAGUCGAGCCCCAGCAAUGCAUUGAAAACAACCAUGAUCUCAUGCAGGAGGAUCACCUGGUCCAGGCCAUCCGUCUGGGUGCCUCCUUGCUGGACUGUGCAGAUGACGACAAUACCCUGGGUGCUCCUGAACACAGGCUCAGUCCUGAACUUCCUGAGAUGGAGCAAUUUGAUGUCCCAGCUGGGUCAGCAGUGACUAGCCCUUGUUUGUAUAGCCUGACCACACAUGUGGCAAGCUGCUACACUCAAACAUAUUCCAACGAGGGUGACCUUGUGCAAGAGCAACGUGUCUUCAUGUCCGUCAGACUCAGUGUUGGCCAGACACCUGCUGCUCCAGGGGAAGCUGAUUCUCCACAAUCUAGAGCAUGCCAGGAGCAGCCUUGGCAGGAGCAGUGUGAUGUCCCACCUGAACACACAGAGAACACCUACUGGGCAUGUUCCGUAGCCACCCAUGUGGCAGCCACUUACCACCAGGCUUCCACCAGUGGUUACAGCAUUGUGCAAGAAGAACACCACUGCAUGGUCAUGAACCUGAUAAUGACCCAGACAUCUGCUGAUGAAGAGGACACAUUCUCUGAUUCUCCCCAAGACAGCAGGCCCAGCCAUGAACCACGCUGGAUGGAAGCCAUCGAGGCUUGCACUUGGACCACUGGGGAAGCCUGGGAGUCUCAGCCCAUGACUGCACAGGUGGCCGUCGAGCCCCAGCAGAUGUUUGAUAGCAGCACUGAUCCCAGCCAAGAGGAUCAUCUGGCCCAGGCCAUCCUUCAGGGUGCUUUCUUACUGUCUUCCCCGGAUGACAACAGUGCUUUUGAUGCUUCCCUGCACGUCAGACCCAGCCAAGAACCACCCUGGAUGGAAGCCAACAACGAGUCCUCUGGCUGCACUGGAGAAUCUGGGGGGACUCAGCCCGUGCCCCCUGUGGUGGCAUUAGAGCCCCAGCAGUUGUUUAGCAUAAGCAGUCUCCCUGUGCAAGAGGAUUACCUGUGCCAGACCAUCCUUCAGGGUGCUUCCCUACUGUCUUCCCCAGAUGACAACGAUGCUUCUGAUGCUUCCAAGAUCAUGCCCAACCAUGGACCACCCAGGAUGGCAGCCUUUGAGGCUUUGACUCGGACUCCUAGGGAAGCAUGGGGGUCUAGGCCUGCGACCCCCCAGGUGCCAAUCAAGCCCCAGGACAUGACUGACAGCACUGGAGACCCUGUUGAAGAGAAUGACCUGGUCCAGGCUGUGCUUCAAGGUGCUUCCCUACUGUCUUCUCUGGAUGAUGCUGAUGCUUCUGAUGCUCCCGUGAACACGCCCAGCCAAGAACCACCCUGGAUGGAAACCAACAUCGGGUUCUCUAUCUCCACUGGCGAAGCCUGGGGGUCUCGGCCCAUGAUGCCCAGGAUGGCAAUAGAGCCCCAGCAGAUGUCUGACAUCAGCAGUGACCUCAUGCAUGACGAUCACCUGUGCUGGGCAAUCCUUCAGGGUGUUUAUGAACUGGAUGAACAGGAUGUGGCUGGUUCUCUUGAUCCUGCCAACUUCAGCUUGGCCAACCCAGAACAGCCUGAGUAUCUGCUGAGCCCAGUGGCAUGUUCACAUCCACUGUCCCCCAUAUCUUCACUGGAGGAUCACACCUGCACUGCUUUGGGCAGUAAUUGGGAUCCCAUGUAUGAGCCACAGUUAUGUCAGCUUGCAUCUGUUGCCAGCCCUGCUCUGGGGAGUGCGGUGGAAUCCAGAAGCAGUCCCCAGCUGGAGGCUGAUCCUCCUGAGAUGUCAGCUCGCAACAGCACUGCAUGUGGAGUCCGCAGCCACCUUGGUGACUCCGAUGCGCUGAGAAAGGCAAUGAUUCAAAAAAAGGCUGCAUUUCAGCAAGUGGAGACUCGCACAGAGUGUCCCUGGCCAUCGACUUCCAGUAAAGAGAUACCAAGAACCACUAGAACCGUGGUGAGUCCUGAUGGGUAAAUGGCAAGAUGUCAGGAGGAGAAGCAAAACCCUUCAUUUGAGAAACAUCUGAAUAGGCAUGCCAAUUCACUGCCUGCCCUGAAAUGAGCAAAACUCCCUUCAGAGGACUGAAUCCUGACACCAGUAUCCACUGUACCGUCGCUUACCCAACAGGUGUCCAUGGGGUUCCCUGACAGAGCUUCUGAAUCCUUUUGGAGUGACCACCUAUGACACCAAGCUCUGAGACCUUAAUUUGGACUCACUUAAAUUGUCAUCGCUGAAAAAGGAAAUCUCAUAGCCAAAAUGUGGAUAUUGGCAAUUUGUCAACACAUAGAUACUGUCCUUUAUGCUUACAUCAGCUCAGUUUUACCAUUCGCCCUUCUCCCAUGUAUGGAUAUAUGUACUUUGGAAAUUUUAAUUUUUAUUGCUCUUAUAUAUUUCUAUUUCUGAUAUUAUUCCCUUAUAAAAAAUAACAUUCCCUCUCAAGUUCAGUAUAUUAAAGGUCGUCUUUUAUUCAU